CCAGUGCAGCUGAGCUGGGAAAGGGAAUGCCAUGGCGCCUUCGAGCACGGGAAAGGGAGACAUGGCUCAUGUGUUCAGAAAGAGGGUUUUUGUUGGGUUCUGAAGCUACUUAGAUACACGCGCACUCUUGGAAACAUGGCUCUAUGACGUUGAGAGUGAUGGGUGGAAAGUUCAGCAUGGCAUUCUACAGAGAGUCUGCUGCAAUCAAUUGAGAGAAUACGCUGCAAGCAUGCCGAACCGAUAGUGUGUCAGGAAUCAUUCAUUGAAGAUGGAAGAAGACAGCGAAGGCGGCGUGGCCUUGGGAGGUCCCACUGCAGCACAAGACGCCAACCUUGGUGGAACGCCAAAGGCGGACUUUCCAAACGGCAUGGUUAUGAAAGAGAUGCAACCGGCUUACGAUUGGCAAGCAGCAUUCCAGGCUUUUUAUGGUCAGGGCCAGCGGCAGGCAACUGCGCCAAAUUCUGCUUCUCCACUGGGACCCCCGCCAAACCCGUGGGCAGGCCAGAACGUCAGCCCCACUCUUUUCGGCGGUAGCCUUCCCGGUCCCUUCUUUCCGGCUGGGUAUGGCCCCUUUACUCAGAAUCCUGCAUCGGCCUUUGAUCCCAACAUAGCUCGUGUCAAGGGGUGGUUGCCUGGACAGUUGAGCGGGCAGCUGAGUGGGCAGCUGAGCGGGGGCACGGCCCUGCAGCGAGGCCAGGGCAGCCUGGGCAGCCUGGGCAACCUGCUUAAGUCCAAUGGGGAAUCGCAGAGCCACAGCAGCGGGGGCAGUGAGAGCAGCCAUGAGGAUGAUAAGGCCCGAGUGGACAUGGACCUCGCACCGGGCCUGCAGAUCCUGAGAAAAAGGAGCUACGAGCACAUGGGCAUGGAUGCCAUUGCAGCACGGGGCACAGGCCUGCCUCCCUACCAGGGGAGAGGUGCGUUCGCCUCCGCAUCCUCACAGGACUUUGCAAACGGCCCCAGCAAACCAACCGCAAGCGUCAAGGGCUUGUCCAUGAUCCCUGGUCUGCAGACUGGGGAUCCAGGAAGCGAAAAUGAGAUGUGGUUACGCAUGGGCCAGGGGGCUGACUCGGGAGGCGGCGAGGGGAAAGGGGAUGUGGACGAUAAGGAAGUGAGAAAGCAGCGGAGGAAGCAAAGCAACCGAGAAUCUGCACGCCGGUCUCGACUCCGCAAGCAGGCGGAGUGCGAGGAGCUGAGCGGGCGCGUAGACCACUUGAACAAGGAGAAUGUGGCUCUGCGCGGAGAGCUUCUCCGCCUGAGCGAACAGUGUGCGCAGCUCGCAGCCGACAACAGGGCUCUCCAGGAGGAGCUCCUCCGAGUUCGCAGUCGCGGCCCCACCUGGCGGGCAGCGGCGGCCCCGCCUGCAGCAGGACCCAGCCAGGUCCGCAAAGAGAGGCCGCCCUCAAGCGUGCCUCAACUAUUCCAUCAGGACAGGCCCAGCCCCGACAGAGCGGGACAAACCGCGACUGCAGAUCAUAGUAUACGUGGGGCCAGCCGGCCGCAUAGCGUCCGGGCCGCGGAGAGCCUGCAGCCGGCGGCAGUCGCCGGCUGGCUCGAGCCGCGCAGGCAGUGGGCACCUCCGGAACAGCUGGUGUUAGCAGGCCCUUCCCAGGAGCCCGCCGUGCCGGCCCUACACCCCAGCCCCGGUGCGGGAGAGGCGGCGCAGGCAGGCCCGCCCGUUGCAGCACCAGCUGUGCCAGCCGAGCAGGCCGAGCAGCAGGAGCUCCCUGCGCUCGAGGUGCCGAAACAGGGCGGCGCGGCUGUGUCGGGAGAGGCGCACAGUGGGGGCGACACGGGGCCGUCCACCCCGGGGCCCACGCUCACGGGGAACGCGGCCAGUCCCAGGAGAGACGGCGGUGCGGCAGAGGAAGCCUGGCCGUCGGAUAGCAAGAAAGAGAAGAUCCAGAAGCUGGAAGAGCAAGCAGGCUCUUUAGAAACGCAGGAGAGUGAUAGAAAUGACGGGGACGGCACAAGGAGUGAGCCGCCACGUGAAAGCUCGCCGGGUGAGGCGCACCAGCCCGGGGCUGAGGGCACACCCUCCGCCGUCUCUUAGAUAAUCAGCUACCUGUCAGCUAGUUAUGGUAGUGCUCGCAAAGUCGCUCCAUAGGUUCAGACGGCCGUGCAGGGGGAUGAUGUUUAAACAAGGAGGUAUGCUUUACAGGCUGCAGGUUCGACUUAUGCUUGGUAAGCAAAGGUUACUGGAAGUUUCAGGGAUACACGGUCUGCAUGUCAAUAUUCUGCAUCUAGAACGUAGUCGUGGAGGCUCCCCUAACAACAGCUGUUUGAUGCACUCGAAGAGAUCAUGGUCAGUUCUUUCGGCACGCAAAAACUUUGCAACAUAUCCGCCCGGGCCACAUUCUUAAAACCUUCAGCAUUCCUU